AACGCGCUUCUAAUAGAACAAGCUCACCAUUCUCCAAUAAUAAAAGUACAUAAAACUAACUGCCUUUAUCUUCUCUUCUCCUUCUCCGUCUCUGUCUCUAACAUUAAAGAGAUAAAAGAGACUUUCACAGUAGACAUGAGCGAGAACGAGAAUCACGUGCAAUCCACGCGCUCAUCAUCAUCAUCAUCCAGGAAACGGGCCCCAAAGGCUCACCACCCUCUGCCACCCUCCAAGAAGAAGCGAGUCCCAUUGGGUGAACUCACAAACUCUCUCCAUAUCACCACCAACAACUCGGAUUGCAAUAUCAGCGAGUCUAAGUAUGCAGCCAAAGCGGAUGACUUGCCACCACCAAGUACUGAGUCAAGUCGAGACUCGGAUUUCGAGACCACCCCGAAGAUUGAAUGUGAAGUGAAGGAGGGGAAUCAUAACGAUUUAGAAAAGUUUCCGAGCGCUGAGUCCAUUAAAAAAUCAGGGUUAAGGAGGUGUUCUUACACUUCCUCUAUCUAUCGAUAUCUUCACUCCUUGGAGAUGGAGGGCAAUAGAAGGUGCUUGUCAAAUUACAUGCGGGAGGUGCAGAAUGAUGUAUCAGGCAAUAUGCGGGAAAUUCUAGUGGAUUGGUUAGUGGAAGUUGCAGAAGAAUACAGACUUGUCUCAGACACCCUUUAUCUCACUGUAUCGUAUAUCGAUAGGUUUCUAUCUUCACAGGCUUUGAGUAGGAACAAUCUACAGCUUCUUGGUGUUUCUUGCAUGCUUAUUGCCUCGAAGUAUGAAGAGAUUAGUCCUCCACAUGUCGAGAGCUUUUGCCACAUAACAGACAACACUUACACCAAGGAUCAGGUACUUGAUAUGGAGAAACAAGUACUUAAAUCCUUGAACUAUGAAAUGGGUGCUCCUACAACAAUAAAUUUUCUCAGAAUCUUGCUGAAAGCUGCUCAAGAGAAUUGCGAAUCUUCUGAUUUGCAAUUCGAGCUCUUGAGUUGUUAUCUGGCGGAGCUAAGUUUGUUAGAAUAUGGGUGCAUGCGCUUCUUACCAUCAAUGAUUGCUGCAUCAGCUGUUUUCCUUUCAAGUUUCACGAUCCAGCCACAGAUGCAUCCUUGGAGUAUGGCAUUGCAGCGUCAUUCAGGUUACAGACCAUCUGACCUAAAGGAAUGUGUUCUUGCUAUUCAUGACAUUCAAUUAAAUAGAAAAGGAAGCUCUUCGCGAGCAGUGAGAGAUAAAUACACACAGAACAAGUUUAAGCAUGUGGCAACUUUAUCUCCUCCCUCAGAAGUUCCUGGGCGUUACUUUGCGGCCAUCAAUGAGUUAUGCUCUGUGAGAUUCUCAAGAAUGCGUUGAAGUAGUGUUGUUUUCUUCUAGCAGAUUUUACAGCAUUAUUUUCUUUUGAUGUCCUUGCUCAAUUGGAUGGCGGUACUAGUCAACUUCUUGUUGAUAGCUGGUGGUUCAAAAUGGAGGUGCUUCUUCAAGACUAUGGCAUUAUAAACUGGUAACGUUUAGCUUUGCAUACCCUGGCGGCCAGCCAUUAGUAUGGCAGGCUUUUAUGGUUGGAGUUCAAAGUAAAUUCUGAAUUUGCAAAUAACACUGUACAUCAUGUUAGCUUUAGGAACAUAACAUGCCGUGCCUAAUGUUUUUCGACUCCCAAACAUUGAAAAUCCCUAUGGUUUUGAUCCCAGGUAAAAGGUUACAUUUUCAGUCUC